AUGGUUGGAUUGGGCCGAGAGGGAGGAUCUUCCUUUAGAGCCUUACUAAAAUUUCCAACUUCAAAAGACAAAUUCCUGCUUCCACUUAUCGUUAAUCGUCGAUUUUCUCGAUUUUUUGGUCAAAAACAAAUCUCGAUUGUCUAUUAUGAUGAAAUCAAGGAUUUGUGUAAUCAUCCGGAGAAGUUACUCAUAGAUGUUCGAGAUCGAAAUGAAGUUAAAUUUGGUAAAAUUCCUCUUUCGAUCAAUAUUCCAUUGUGUGAGUUGAGGAAUGAGCUCGCAAUGGAGGAGUGCGAUGGACAGAUGUUUGAGAAUAAAUACGGACGGCCUAAGCCAGUUGCUGAUACCUACAUGAUUAUGUAUUGUCGAACUGGACAGAGAGCUACUAUUGCAACUGAAAUUGCAACAAAAAUGGGGUAUAGAAAUGUCCACAAUUAUUGUGGAUCUUGGUUGGACUAUGUGCGGAGGGAGACGUGCAGUUGA